UAGAUAACCGCCCUCUUUUUUUUUUACUGUGUUGCAAAAAACUUUAUCCAAUAAUUUAUCAACAUAAAGUUUACUCUCAAUCAAUUCGGACUUUACAUUCAAUUUACUCCAAAUCAAAUCAAACCAGUUAUUUUUACAUUUACACCAAUGGGAGAGCCCGAAAACGAGUUGGCAGCUAAGCUCAACAGACGACAGCAGCUGAACGAUGAAGAAAUUGCCCCCGAAAUGGUACAAGUGAGGCGCAAGGGCUCCCUGUACACAAAGAACUCCGAUAUUCCCAAGAAGACCAUCGACGAUAUCAGCAAAAAAUUCAGUGAAUUUGACGAUGAUGGGAACGGACUGCUGGACGUGUUCGAGCUGACUCGCCUGUUUGAGAAGUUGAAUGCACCCCAGACUAGAACUGCAAUAAAGGCGAUGGUGGCCAAAGUGGACAAGGACGGAGACGGGGCUGUGAAUCUGGAGGAGUUCGUCCAGUUGUUCAGAGAGGCAGCCUCGGACCAGUUCGACGAUGACUCCAUAUUCAAGAAGUUCGCCGCUCUCACCGAAGUGGACGUCGACGAGGUGGGUGUAAAGGGGGCGCGUGACUUUUUUGCGGCCAAAAGUAGAACAGCUCAAGACAACAGCCUCGCAGCCCAGAUAGAGAUGGAGAGGGAGGAGGCGAAGAGGAAAGAGAAGGAGAAGCAGGAGAGGCGGGAGAAGAUGGACCAACUCAGACAACGAUUCGACUCCAAGUCCGAAAUUUGAUCAAGUACAAGCACUGUAGUUGGAUCGGGUCCUUGGCACAAAAUGACCUCAAAAUUUGCAAAUUUGUACAAAAUGGUACCACAAGACACAAGAUUUAAAUGACAUGCUUUUUGGUAUACUUGCUAGAGUUUUUUUUCAUAUGUUUGUGAAUGGCUAUCUCGAUGAUUUCAAUUUUUAAAAUUUCCAAAAUUGGAAAACACUCAAAUUUGUUAAAUUGUGUAGUUGCAAAAAGUUCGACCAUCUCCCAUGCUUGCUUUUUAUAGGGAGCCAACUACCAAACUUGUACCUUUGACCAGCUUUAUUAUUUCGAAAAAAACUUCCAAUUCUUUCCAAAAACAAUUCAGACGGCCCGGGCUACGUAAAAGCUGAUCAAUUGUAAAAGAUCAUCGAUUCGGGCAAUUGUAAAAUUCUUUAAUUCGAUUGAAUUUUAAAUUAAUUGAAAUUUUACAGACGCAGAUAUAGAAUAAAAUAAUAAUUGACCAAUUGAUAACUA